GGUGAUCGGUUGUGCGUUAACCUCUCCGCGUCACGCUUACAUCGUGAGUCGCCCUCCUCUCCCACCCUCACCCUCCAGCCCUCGCUCGUUCUCUCUCCCCUCCUCCCCCCACCCUCGCCUCAUCGACGCUAUUCCGACGACUGAAGUUCGGGUUUUUAACGCUUCGUGCAACAUGGCGCUGACUGUACCGCUGUUCAUGAUUCUCCGUGGAUCACCGCAACUGCCUAUGGAUAUACGUGGACACAACUACCAGCACUACUAUCGCCGUUGCUCCUGCUAGUCAACUGCUCUGUCGCUCAGCGGUGUUUGGAUUAUUCUCUGUGGAUCUUUAUAUGCGUUGGUUUUUCAUUCCGUGUUUAGCCUGGAUUUUGUUUGAGCAGUAAAACAAAAGAAAGCAGCAGGGAGAAGGGAGAGACAGAAAAAAAGAAGUAAAACUUAGUAGUAAAUAUGGCGGGUAUGGGAAGGAGAACGUAUCUCCGAGAUGUGAACCCCUAUCUGAUAUGUCCUCUCUGCAGAGGAUACCUCGUAGAUGCCACUACCGUCGUCGAAUGCCUCCAUUCAUUCUGUAGAAGCUGCAUACUAAAGCAUUUGAGCGCAGAAGCUCAUUGUCCAACGUGCAAUCAUGUCCUGAAUAAUGCCAAACCCGAUAUCAAGGCUGACAAGGCAUUACAGGACAUCGUCUAUAAAUUGGUACCCGGACUUUAUCACAAAGAAAUGAGGAGAAGACGGGAAUUCUAUAAGAAACACCCCGAGCACGCCGAUUCGGCCACGCCAGAACAAAGAGGCGAGGACGUUAGUGGGAGAUUGAUUUUUGCCCCCGAAGAUGCAGUAAGCUUGAGUCUGGAGUACUUGCCUCCCGGUGCCGACCCCUUGACCUUGGGGCCGACGACCAACGAUAUGGAUUCCAUUCACCGCAAUAUGAACAAUAACAACAACAACAACGAUAACGCCAAUAGAAGAUACCUCCAGUGUCCAGCUUUGGUAACAAUCGCGCAUUUGAAGAAAUUCUUGGCUCUCAAGUACAGUGUUGACCUAACUCGAUACACCAUCGAAAUUUGCCAUCGAACUGCUCCUCUACCUGAACACUGGACCCUCAUGGAUGUUGCCUAUAUGUAUGCGUGGAAAAGGAAUGCACCGAUGAGAUUUUUCUAUCGUAUCGCGCAAGAAGAACCCCGGCUAGAGGCCCCGCCUCAUGAUCGACCUUCGACUCCAGGCCUUGGCGCAAGCUUACCUCCCAGUGAUUCUGCUCUAGAUGAUACCAAUGAUAUCAAACAUGAGAAAGAGUCCGAACAAAUAGUUGUCGAUACGAAAGAAGCGCCACAGGUAAAAAGCCCCAUAAAGAUAUUGAAAAAUUCUGAAGGUCGGUAUGAGGUUCUGAAGAGUCCUACAACUCAGAAUCCUCUCAUGCCCACGAAUGGCAAUAGUUUGGAACAAAAAAAUCUCAGUCCAGAGUUCAGUGUCGUUAGCAUCGGGGAUGGGCAGAAUUCGAAUGGAGUUAAAAUAACACUCAAGCAGUGCUUGCCGAAUACUCUGACCUUGAAGAAACCAAAAGUGAUCAGUAACGUUGUGCUGCGUCGCUGUCCAAUCAAAAACGAUGUUCAAAAACCUUUGAAUAUCGAGCAGGUCCAGCUGCAGAGGUCGACGAAUCAGGCCAAAACGCCAAUCACUGGGGAUAAAACUGUGAUGGGAAAAGAAAAAAAAAGUGUAAAAGAUACGGCGAUAGAAUUGCAACAGGAUAAGCAAAAGCGUAAAGUAACUUUUGGUGAAACGCCUGCUGUGUCUGCGUCACCUAAAGUCAAACUGAAUGGCGACUGUGCAACUGUAACUAACAAGAAACCAGCGGAGCUCACGGAAAAAAAACAAUUCCUUCAAAGCUUUCAACUCACAGCCAGAGAUUCUAAGAAUGAAGCACCGGUGCCAAAGGAUUCGGUAAAAAAUGUCGGUCCUAAAGUUGAUGUUUAUACUUUCCCAAACGAACCUUCUCCACUGCCGGCCGGUGCUGUUAAAAGAAAAUGUCCCCCUGGUCUGCCGAUAUUCGAAGCUAAACGACGAAAACUUCCGUUCCAAAAUCAACCGAAAAAACUUACCGUGAAACCGCUGAACAGGCUCAAAACUAGCCAGCAACCGCAAACACCGAAUUCUACCAGUUUGGGUGCAAAUUGCGGUGGGAAUCCUGCGGGGAUUACGACACCGGCUACGUCGAUAGCCGUGAGUACUGCUUGCGUUAAGUCUACUAGUCCCAAUGUUUACAGUAACACUCGAAAUUUAUUGGAUGGAUGCGGACUGAAUAUUCCGGCUAGCCUUAGCAUCACUCUGACAGCACCAAAGUCGCCAAGUAGUAGUAACAGCGCAGGGACUGACCCCGGAAACUUGAAGGACAACCAGAUGAGCCUGUUGAAUAAAGUUAAUCCGAGCAUUACGUUAAACGAUCGAUCAGUAGACCCGAGAGUUCUGAAAGCCCUGAAAACGGGCCAGAUCCGAAUGCCAGCGCCGAGUAAAACGAAGCCGAGAAAUCAAUCGGAUAGGGAAAUAAAGAUCAGCCCUAAACGAAAGAAGGAUCAGGACCAGCUAGGAGAAGAUGCCCUGGACCUUAGCGGUGGCAAAAAAAUUGACAUUCAUCCGCUCAGGAUUCCCCAGCCAGUUUCGAAACCCAAAGGUAAAUCCGCCGCGGCCGCUACCAGGGAGAAUAACAUCGCUCUAGGACAGGUCGUCACCCUCGUUGGCGGGCAACGGUAUUACAGAGCUCCGCCUGGGUCGCUCACUCCGGCCGCGCAUCGAGUAACUGAUAUUCCUUCACCCGCGAGUACCAGAACUCCUGUUUACGCUCCGUCUUGUCUGCCUAGCCCCACCGGUAGCAGCAGAUCAAGCCUGUCCUCCGUUUUUCCCAGUCUACAGAGCCUGUUUGCCCUUAGCCAAGCGCAAAAUAGACAACAGUUACAAAUAGAGGCUAGACUAAGGCUGCCCCAAACAGAUGCAAACUCUCCUAACAGUCCAAGCAAAAGCCAUCUCGCUGCUCAGUGUGCACCUAUAAAACCUGCGAGAUCUUCUGUCACGUCAUUGGCAGUUCCCAUUAUUAAACAACCGAACAACGCGACUCUGCCUUGCGAGGGCACGCUACGUUGACGGUGCUUUCGGUUUUUGUUUUUAUUUCUCUCAAUAUCACGAACAAUGUUAGCAAAGUGUGAAAUUAGUGUAAACUUAAUUCUAUAUGUCUCUCGCGAUAUAUUGGCAACCAAAGACUUGGACAUUUUUGUACUGGCUUACUGAACUCCUUUAUACCAGACUGAAGUAUGCGACAAAGUGAGUGAAUAUAACGACGCUGAUCUUUAUUUGAUAAAAGUAUUUGAUCUUACGUUUGUGUUGAAGACAUUAAGAAAGAGGUCGAGGAUAGGGACGGACUAAUACGAAUAUGCUUAGUAAAUAUUGUUUGGUUUAUUAUUAAUUUAUUGAACUGAAGACGUGAAAAAAGUAUUUGUAGGAUUAUGUGAACAGGCUGUUUCAACGAAAAAUAUUAUUACUGCUGUCUCAAUUGUUAUCAACGACACUCUUUU